GGUUUUUCCCUUCUAUGUUAGAGAGCGAUUUCCGGGUUACACAUUCUUACUUAUUUGAUAUCAAGGUAGACAGAUAGAUAACAAUGGGAAAACAUAAAAAACACCAUCAUGGGCACAAAUCAAGUUCAAGUAGUAGUUCAAGUUCAUCUAGCUCUGAUGAUGAAAGUUAUAAACAUCUUCCAAAAGAUCAGAGGAAAAUGAUGAAAAAGCAGAGAAAGAUGAUGAAAAAGGGUAAAGGUCAUCAUGGAGGAGGCUAUCCUGCACAACCUGGAUUCCCAGCUGGAGGUUAUCCUACAGGAGCAGUACCACCACCUGCACAAGGUUAUCCAACAGGAUCAGUACCACCACCAGCACAAGGUUAUCCAGGAGGUAUGCCAGCUGGUGGGUAUGCUCCACCUCCAGGAGGGUUUGCUCAACCACCAGGAGGCUAUGCCCCACCACCUAGUGGUUACCCAGCAGGAGGAGCUUAUCCACAAGCUCCAAACCCAGCCUACCCAGCAGCUGGAGGUUAUCCUCAGCAGGGCUUUCAACCACCUCCUCCAGCAGGCUAUAAUCCAGGAGGACCUCCUGCAGCAGGCUAUAAUCCAGGCGGAGUUGCCUAUGCAGGACAACCACCAAGUGUACAGCCAUAUGCUGGUCAACCACCUGCAGGGGGUUUUGCUGCUCCACCUGCUGGUGGAGGAGGAUAUUCACAACCGCCUGCGGGAGGAGCUGGGUAUGGAACAGCACAGCCUGGAGGUUUACCCUAUGGUGCUCCAGGUGGAGCCCCACCACAAGUUCAGUCAGGAGGAGUACCAUAUGGUCAACCAGGUGGAGCUCCAGCUUAUGGUGCACCUGGUACAGGACAACCUGCAAGUUAUGUACAGCCAGGAGCACCAGGUGGUCCUAAUGUUGGCAUGGCAACUGCUGGAAUGGCUAAUCUAAAUGUACAGGCUAACAUGGUAGAAAGGUCAAGGCCAACUAUUGUACCUGCUAAACCUUUCAAUGCUGAACAAGAUGCACAGAUACUAAGAAAAGCCAUGAAGGGAUUAGGCACUGAUGAAAGAGCCAUUGUGGAUGUUAUAAGUCAUAGAUCUAACAAGCAAAGACAAGAAAUACUGGUUAUGUUUAAGACUUUGUUUGGAAAGGAUCUAAUUCAUGAUUUGAAAUCUGAGUUAAGUGGAGAUUUGGAGGAGUUGAUUCUUGCAAUGUUUAAACCAACUACUUUCUAUGAUGCUUAUUCUAUUAAGAAAGCUAUGGAAGGUGUUGGAACAAAAGAAUCUGUCCUCAUUGAAAUCCUUUUAACAAGACCAAACACAGAUAUCAAAGAAAUUGUUGCUUGCUACCAAAAAAAUUAUGGUAGAAGUCUGGAGAAGGACAUUAUGGAUGAAACCAGUGGUCACUUUAAACGUCUAUUAGUGUCAGCAUGCCAGGGAAACAGAACAGAACUAACCCAAGAACAGUUACAGAAAGCUGCUACACAGGGUGUUGAAUCAGUAAUUGAUAGAAACCUUGCAAGAGAGGAUGCUCAAAAACUAUACCAAGCUGGUGCAAAAAAAAUAGGAACAGAUGAGUCUGCCUUCCUACAGGUUAUGGCUGUCAGACAUUACUAUCAACUUAGAGCCACUUUUGAAGAGUACCAUAGGUUGGCUGGAAAAGAUAUCAUAUCAGCUGUUAAAGGUGAAAUGUCAGGUGAUUUAGAGGAUGGAUUCAAAGCUUUAGUUACCUGUGCUAAGAAUAGACCACAAUACUUUGCUGAGAGAUUACACAAAGCAAUGGCUGGAUUUGGAACAAAGGAUUCUACACUUAUCAGAGUCGUUGUUUCAAGGUCUGAGAUUGAUUUACAAGACAUUAAGGAUGAGUACAGAAAUAUGCGCCAAAAAUCUCUUCAUGAUGCUGUGGCCUCCGAGACAAGUGGGGACUACAAGAAACUACUUCUUGGUAUUAUUGGCCAGUAAUUUGUGACAGAUCAAAGACAUUGUUGUUUAUUAUACACAUAUAACCAUGUUGUUUAUUAACUUUUUACAAAUGUUAUAUUAUAAUCUGUAAGUAAAGCUUUUGUAACUGGGGAGCCAGAAUUUAUACGUUUCAUUUUUUUUAACUUUUGGUAGAAGUGAACUGUGAUUAGUUGAUCUUGUUCCUGUAUCCCAUGUAUGAGGAAAUUUUGUCCAAAGUUUACUUAAAAAAAUAUUGCAAUAGGCUUUUAUUGGUGUUGGUCCAUACAAAAUAUAUUAUAUUCAAUGACUACAAAUUCUUAUAAUUUUAGGUUUUGUUAGAAAAUUAGAAUCAGUUUAUUUGACUGAAAUAAACUGAUAUUAGAGGCUCUUUCUUACAUGCAUUUUUUUUAACACUCUUAUUUCUUAAAUAAAUACGUUAGUAUUUAUAGAUUUUAUGAAGGUCACUUACAAUUACAUAUUAUACAGAUGAAGUUGCACUAUCUAAUAAAGGGUCCAUUCUUUCUUUUUGUAAAUUUGCAGUUGGUUCAACAUUUUCUUUUGUAAAAUUACUACUUAAAAGAAGAGAUAAAUGUUUAAAUGUCUGAAUAAUAACAUUAUAUAAAGCAUUUAGAUAUUGUCAAGUGCAUUUUACAGCCAUAUCAAUUUUUAAAAAAAUCUUGUAACAUAUGACGGUGUUUUUUUUUCUUUCAUUAUUUUUGUAUUUAUAUACUUGAAUGUGGUCAAGAAAAAAUUUCAUUUCUGGUUUCAAACCUGGAUUUUAAUAUGAUCUGUUUUUAUUUUUGCAGAAAUGCUGUUUAAUCUUUGCGUAAAUAGGGAUUGUAAUUAGAAUUAGACAAUUAAUUUGUUUUGCAAUUCACAAUUUACAUCGGUUAUUGAGACAUUUUUUCUCUUGCAAAUUGCGCAUAAUGAACAGAAAAUGGUUGAGCCUAAUGCUUUUUUUGUAAUGACAAACAUUUUCAUAUGUUAGUUAAUUAUAUAAAAGCUAAUUCUUUUAGUGUUUUUGUGAAGCUUCAAUGUAUCAGUAAUGUUUUAGAAUUUUAUAUACACAGUAUAAAUCAUUGUAAAAAAGAGAAAAAAAAUUAUGUCUAAAUCAGUACCAAAAUAAAGUUUUACCCCUUUGAAUUAGAGUGUCAAAAAGUUCAUAAGAAAUCAUGUGUGAUAAUAUUUAUGUAUUUGCAUCAGACACUGCCAUAAGCAUCAUUUAAAUAAGGUAUCUAUUUCUUUGGGAAUUUUUGAUGACAAAGCACAUUCAAAAUAGUUUUCAAUAAUCUGAAGUCCAUUCACCUCAAAUACUUUAAAGAUUAUAAUAAUGCCACUAAACAAUUUAGAUGUUUAAAAAAAUAUUGUUAACCCUUCUUUUUUAUCAAUAUUAAUAAUUAGUGUAAAGUUUUGAAUUUAAUAUUUGUUAUAUCAGAUACUGUUUUCAAUUAGAUAUCAAUUUAUUAAGCUUUCUUUUUCUCUUCAAAAUUGUUUUCAAAUAAAUUAAAAGUUUCGUAAGUAAUCAUACAAGUAUACAGUUGACUAUAUAUAUUUCCAUUUAAUAGAAGAAAAUAAACAGCAUUUUCGAUAAAUAUUAUAAGUCAGAAGUUUUGAAAAUUUUGAUGCAAUAGAAACUUAAGUUCAAAACUGCCAUUAUCAGAUAGAUGAUAUAAAAAAUGUUAUAACUGUUAGCAAAUAAUUUUUAGCAUAAUGGUUGUCAUAUGGAUUUAAUAUUUGUAAUUCUUAUAUAGCUAUGCAUAUUGUUUAUGAUUUUCCUUAUUAUAUUAAAUCUAGUAAAUCUUG